AGUGAUAAAUAUGCCAAUGGCGACUUUGGUUGAUUUGUGCAUUCUUAUUUUAAUAAAUAUCUCAUUAUUUUAAUAAUUUCAAUGUAUUUAUAAAGUUUUUAAUCGAUUAUAAUAGUGAAGUUUAUUAAUUCAUGCAAAAGUUAUGAAAUAAACUUUGAUAUGCCCCUUACUGCAGUGUUCUACAGUGGUUUGUAAACAAUGUUUUCCCUCCUGCUUAGUUUUGGCAUUUGUGCUGUCACUAUUUGUUUACUUCUUCAGUAGCGCACGAACAGCUGUGCAAUGAGGUUGUAAAUGCGUUCGUGUAAUUUUUUUUUAAUUUCUCUGCGAAUUCGCGUAACAUAAAAUAAUUACAAUAAUGAAUGAAAUAUCUGGAAAGGAAAUACCUGGCCCAUCAGCUUGGGAUAAUCCAAUGCAUACACAGCAUGACUUAAACACCUCAAUGCUCGGAUCUCCCAAAAUACCAAAUGAAAUUAAUCUAAUGACCUCUCCUAAUGCUCCAUGCACACCCCAGGGGCCCCCAGCAGUGUCAGUUUUUAAUGAUGACUUACAUCCUGAACUUGUUCAUCAGGGUUGGAGAAAAUUUUGGUCUAAACGCGAAAAUCGACCUUAUUUUUGGAAUAAAUUAACUGGUGAAAGUUUAUGGGAGACACCACUAAUAAAAGCACAGUUCGAUCCUAUAACAGACCCUCUAGGCAUAUGCCAUGCUGGACCUCAACCAGUUACAACUUCACCCAUGGGUCUAAAACGCAGAGCUUCUGAGGAUGGUGGACCAAUAGCCAAAAAGUUUAUUUUACCGGGGCCAUGGGAUUUAGAGAUCCCAACAAAUGUUAUAAUUUAUGAACGCGCUCCAACUAUUGCUCCACAUCCACAUCCAGAAAUUGAGGGUUACCGAUGCGGUUUGACAUCAAAGCUGAGACAAUGUUAUCAGGAACUUUGCCAGUCAAGAGAAGGAAUAAAUGCACCAAAAGACUCUUUUAAUCGAUGGUUGAUGGAACGAAAAGUAAUUGAUCGUGGUACAGAUCCUUUGCUACCAAGUAACUGCUGCCCAGAACUGUCCAUGUCUAUGUUUCGAGAAAUUAUGAAUGACAUACCUAUUAAAUUAAUAAAGCCUAAAUAUACUGGAGAUGCUAGAAAGCAACUUUCUAGAUAUGCAGAAGCCGCAAAAAAGAUGAUAGAAUCACGCAAUGCUUCACCUGAAAGUCGAAAGGUAGUUAAAUGGAAUGUAGAAGAUACAUUUCAAUGGUUGCGAAGAACUGUUGGUGCCACACAUGAUGAUUUUCAGGAUAGACUUUCUCACUUAAAGAGACAAUGUCAACCACAUUUGACAGAAACAGUUAAGGUUUCUGUUGAAGGAGUUUGUUUGAAGAUCUACCAUCUAUCUGCUGAACAUGCGAGAAAAGUGAAAGAUAAACAUAGUGCACUGCUGAAAGAACAAGGCAUAGAAGAGUUAAGUGCUCCAAUACAACAAUCAGCAUUGCGAAAAGUAUGGUGUUAUCCCAUACAGUUUGCAAUACCUGCUACAAGAAUGCCAAUUGUAGACUAUAUGCCAGAUAAUAGAUCUCCGGACCAUACAUUAGUAACAUAUCAUAAAGAUACAGUUGCAAUAAAUACUACACACUUGACAAAAUUGGAGCAUCUGUACAGAUACAGUUGUUUUGAUGAUAAAAAAUUUGAACUAUUCAUUCCUCGAGUUUGGUGUCUGCUUAAAAGGUACAAUACCUUUCUGGGGGCAUAUCCCGAUUUAAGAAAUGGAGCUAGUCCUUCUGUUGAAGGUCAACUUACACAAGCAUCACUUCCCGUCACUGUCUUUGAAUGUUUGAACAAAAUGUUUGGUAUUACUUUUGAAUGUUUUGCAAGUCCUUUGAAUUGUUAUUUUCGACAAUAUUGCAGCGCAUUUUCUGAUACAGAUUCAUAUUUUGGAUCAAGAGGGCCUUUUCUGGACUUUAAGCCUGUGUCAGGGUCUUUCCAAGCAAAUCCACCAUUUUCAGAAGAAUUAUUAGAUGCAACUGUGCAUCAUAUGGAAAGGCUUCUGUCUGAUUCUCCAGAACCUUUAAGUUUCAUUGUUUUUCUUCCUGAGUGGAGGGAACCACCCUUAAAUUCUUUAAUGAAACUUGAAGCCAGCCACUUCAAACGGAAACAAGUAGUGGUGCCUGCAUGUGAACAUGAAUAUCGGCAUGGAUACCAACACCUUUUACCCAAGACGGAUAUAAAUGUGCGUUCUGUUCAUGGAACCUUGGUAGUAUGGUUACAAAAUAAUGCAGGAUACACGCGCUGGGGCCCUACAGAAGAGCGUGUCGAAGCACUUUUAGAAGCCUUUCGGCCAGGGAGAGAACGCGAACGAGAUAAACAAGAACUUCUAUCUCCUCAACGAGUUGUGGAACCGGAAAUGUUGAAACCCUCAAUAGCUACAGCGACUACGACCGCAAUUGUUAUACCGUGAUUAGUUACAAAGUGAGCAAAAUAGUGAAAAAAAAAUAUGACUAUAUUAUUUAUGAAAAUUCUUUUACUGGUAAAAGUAAAUUCUUUCAUCUUUUACUCGUCGACAACUUCAAUUUGAGACAUAAUUUCUAUGAAGUUAAUAUGUUGACACAAGCACUACUGCAAAAGUUAUAAUACUUAUGAAUUUGAAAGAUGAUAGAUAGAUAGUAAAAUUAUAAAAUGAAGAUGUGAUGUCAUAUUAUAUAUCGUUUAUAAGGAUAAGACCAAUAUAUCUUCAAUGUUAAAAUAUAAUAGAUUAGAUUUUUUUUUAUUAACAUGUAAUUUGUAUAACUCUCUCUUUACAUGUCUUAAUUGAUUUACGUGGUCUGUGGUAAAUUCAUAAUUCACAAAGUAUAAACAUCAUACUAAAGUUCGGUCAGAUCAGAUAGACAAUUUGAUAUUGCUUACAAGCCAAAAAGUUCAAUUUUCUUAUACGUUUAGAUAUAAUAUAU